UCCGGGGCCUCCCUGCCCGCCCCUUUCCCCGGUUCCACCUCGAGCCUCUCUUUGGACUAGGAGCGAGCAGCCCCCUCCCCGUGUCCCUCCUCUCUCUCCAGUCUUUUUGGGGAGGGGCUCUCCACGCUCGGGGGAGUUGCCGAGGGUCACCAGCGCCUCUCUCGUCUUUCUAUUUCGCCUUCACCUGGAUAUAAUUUCCAAGCGGCGCUGUCCCCAGGAUGACCACACUGGCCGGAGCUGUGCCCAGGAUGAUGCGGCCGGGCCCGGGGCAGAACUACCCGCGCAGCGGGUUCCCGCUGGAAGUGUCCACCCCCCUCGGCCAGGGCCGGGUCAACCAGCUCGGCGGUGUAUUUAUCAACGGCAGGCCGCUACCCAACCACAUCCGUCACAAGAUCGUGGAGAUGGCCCACCACGGCAUCCGGCCCUGUGUCAUCUCCCGCCAGCUGCGUGUGUCCCACGGCUGCGUCUCUAAGAUCCUGUGCAGAUAUCAGGAGACGGGCUCCAUCCGCCCCGGCGCCAUCGGUGGCAGCAAGCCCAAGCAGGUGACAACGCCUGACGUGGAGAAGAAAAUUGAGGAAUACAAAAGAGAGAACCCAGGCAUGUUCAGCUGGGAAAUUCGAGACAAAUUACUCAAGGACGCGGUCUGUGAUCGAAACACCGUACCCUCAGUGAGUUCCAUCAGCCGCAUCCUGAGGAGUAAAUUCGGGAAAGGCGAGGAGGAGGAGGCCGACCUGGAGAGGAAGGAGGCAGAGGAGAGUGAGAAGAAGGCGAAACACAGCAUCGACGGCAUCCUGAGCGAACGAGCCUCGGCACCCCAAUCAGAUGAAGGCUCGGACAUCGACUCUGAACCAGAUUUACCGCUCAAGAGGAAACAGCGCAGGAGCCGGACCACCUUCACAGCAGAGCAGCUUGAAGAACUGGAACGGGCUUUUGAGAGAACUCACUAUCCUGAUAUUUACACCAGGGAGGAACUGGCCCAGAGGGCAAAGCUCACCGAGGCCCGAGUACAGGUCUGGUUUAGCAACCGCCGUGCAAGAUGGAGGAAGCAGGCUGGGGCCAAUCAACUGAUGGCUUUCAACCAUCUCAUUCCGGGGGGAUUCCCUCCCACGGCCAUGCCGACUCUGCCAACAUACCAGCUGUCCGAGACCUCUUACCAGCCCACAGCUAUUCCACAAGCCGUGUCGGAUCCCAGCAGCACGGUCCACAGACCUCAGCCGCUUCCUCCAAGCACUGUACACCAAAGCACUAUUCCUUCCACCCCGGACAGCAGCUCUGCCUACUGCCUCUCCAGCACCAGGCAUGGAUUUUCCAGCUAUACAGACAGCUUUGUGCCUCCAUCCGGGCCCUCCAACCCCAUGAACCCCGCCAUUGGCAAUGGCCUUUCACCUCAGGUAAUGGGACUCCUGACCAACCACGGUGGGGUACCCCAUCAGCCCCAGACCGACUAUGCGCUCUCGCCUCUCACUGGGGGCCUGGAACCUACCACGACGGUGUCGGCCAGCUGCAGUCAGAGACUAGACCAUAUGAAGAGCUUGGACAGUCUGCCAACCUCUCAGUCUUAUUGCCCACCCACCUAUAGCACCACGGGCUACAGUAUGGACCCUGUCACAGGCUACCAAUAUGGGCAGUAUGGACAAAGUGCCUUUCAUUAUCUCAAGCCAGAUAUCGCUUGGUUUCAAAUUCUUUUGAACGUGUUGGACAAAAGCAGUGGAGAAAAGGAAGAUCCGGAACAAUAAAAGACAAAUGCAACAUUUUAAGGCAAUGAUUUAACAUGGCUACAUGUCAAAUAUCCCAGCUCUCUAGUGCUGAUGAUGAAGGAGCUCAAACAUUCCAUUUGUGUGUGUGUGUGUGUGUGUGUGUGUGUGUGUGUGUGUG